AGGCGGGGAGGUAGGGGACGCGGAACCGAGGGACAGACUGAAGCUGGCUGGCUGGCUCAGAGCGGGGCUGACAGUGACAGCGCUAGGGACAGGUGCGAGCAGUCAGCUUGAGACAGAGGGAGAGCGAAGAGAAAGAGAGAGAGGAUUCGCGUGCUGCCUCCCUUGCAGACGCCCUCCUCUGUCCGAGGGAAGAGGCUGGAGCACUGAGUGGGAGCGGGAGAGAGAGAGAUGUGGGCUCAGAAGAAGGCGAGAGGGACCCUGCGUCGCUAGUGGGACGGAGCACCAAGGAGGAACAGACAGACCCACUCGCGGACUGACAGCGAGAGUGGCAGCUGGAGAACUGAGCGCAGGAAAGCCAGAAUCCCGAGCCGUGCUGUCAGGCUGAGCGCGAGACAGACAGACAACGUGCAGAGAGACAGACGGGCAGACAGGAGGUGGGGGCACGUUCAUUCCCAGCAGCCCCCCCCGGGCGGAAAAGGCAGCGGCGUGCCCCCCGAGUGUGUCUGGAGCAGCGACAGGCGGCAGGGGCGGCGGGGUCGCCCGCUGAAGCCACCGGCGUUGCCGAACCAGUGGCCGCCACAGCCUUGCAAGGAUCCCAGCCUACGCUGCAAAAACCUCGUUUUACUAGCAGUUAAAUAAAUCGACCAAAAAAAAAAAAGCCAAGCCAAAUCAAACUAAUCCAGCCAAAUCAAAUCAUUGAGAAACAAUAAUAUUAAUAAAAGCCAAAAACUUAAUUAAAUCAGACAAGGCACCAAGACGCUGGGGGGAUAUCCACUGAGCGGUCAAGGUAAUCAUCAAGGUCUUCGACGUUGAUGAUGUGUCAAACUGUGUAAGGGAAUCGCAUGGACAUGGGCAUUCCGAACUGUUAAUGGGGACAUGGGACUCCAGUUACCUCUGAUCACUUGUGUGGAUUUUCCUGGUGUAGAACGACAGAAGCCGCUUAGUGAGUCGCCAAGACCUACAGCAGGAAUCCUGCACAAAAGGGCAUCAAACCUUGCUAUUUUAAUUUGCGUCUGAAAGAAUGUCUGAGCCAGGGGACCUGAGUCAGGCCAUCGUGGAGGAAGGCGGGACCGAGCAAGGAAGGGCCACCCCAGAGAAUGGUAUUGUCAAGUCAGAAAGUCUGGACGAAGAAGAGAAGCUGGAACUGCAGAGGCGACUGGCGGCUCAGAACCAAGAGAGAAGAAAGUCAAAGUCAGGCGCAGGCAAAGGGAAACUGACCCGCAGCCUGGCUGUCUGUGAAGAAUCCUCAGCCAGACCCGGAGGGGAGAAUCUCCAGGAUCAGGAAUCAAUUCAUUUACAGCUUUCCAGUUUCCCCAGCCUGCAAGAGGAUGAUAAAUCUAGGAAAGAUGACACUGAAAGAGAAAAAGAAAAGGAUAAAAACAAAGAUAAAUCCUCUGAAAAACCCAAGAUCAGAAUGUUAUCAAAAGAUUGCAGCCAGGAAUACACGGACUCCACAGGCAUAGACUUGCAUGAGUUUCUGAUUAACACGUUAAAGAAUAAUUCCAGGGACAGGAUGAUACUCUUGAAAAUGGAGCAGGAAAUUAUCGAUUUCAUUGGUGACAACAAUAAUCAUUAUAAAAAGUUCCCCCAGAUGUCAUCCUAUCAGAGGAUGCUCGUCCACCGCGUGGCGGCUUACUUCGGGCUGGACCACAAUGUGGAUCAAACAGGGAAGUCUGUGAUCAUCAACAAGACCAGCAGCACAAGAAUACCAGAGCAAAGGUUUUGUGAACAUUUAAAAGAUGAAAAAGGUGAAGAAUCCCAGAAGCGGUUUAUCUUGAAGCGCGAUAACUCUAGUAUUGAUAAAGAAGACAACCAGCAAAACAGAAUGCAUCCAUUUAGAGAUGACAGACGAAGUAAAUCAAUUGAAGAGAGAGAAGAGGAGUAUCAGAGAGUGAGGGAGAGAAUAUUUGCACACGAUUCAGUUUGCUCCCAGGAAAGCCUUUUUGUGGAAAACAGUAGGCUCUUGGAAGACAGUAGCAUAUGCAAUGAGACCUAUAAGAAAAGACAGCUCUUUCGGGGGAACAGAGAUGGCUCGGGGAGGACGUCCGGGAGCCGGCAGAGCAGCUCGGAGAAUGAACUCAAGUGGCCCGACCACCAGCGGGCCUGGAGCAGCACGGACUCUGACAGCUCCAACCGCAAUCUCAAGCCCGCCAUGACCAAGACGGCGAGCUUUGGGGGCAUCACGGUGCUGACCAGGGGCGACAGCACGUCCAGUACCAGGAGUACCGGCAGGCUCUCCAAAGCAGGUAGUUCGGAGUCAUCCAGCAGCGCGGGCUCCUCAGGAUCGCUGUCCCGCACCCAUCCCCCUCACCAGAGUGCACCCCUGGUCUCAGGGGUGGCGGCCAGUUCCCCUGGCUGUGUGCCCUAUCCGGACAGUGGAAUGGGGAGCCAGGUCGGUUCCAGCAGCACCAGCUACAUCCUCCUUCCACUGGAAGCUGCAACAGGCAUCCCACCGGGAAGCAUCCUCCUUAAUCCACACACAGGCCAGCCCUUUGUGAAUCCCGACGGCAGCCCUGCGGUGUACAACCCCCCCAGCAGUCAGCAGCCCCUGCGAGGUGCCGUGGUGGGGCCGUCCCAGCAGCCGCCGCGGCAGCAGCCCUCUCCUCAGCCGCAGCAGCAGGUGCCACCGCCGCAGCCGCAAAUGGCAGGAACGCUGGUCACUCAGUCUGUCCAGGGGCUGCAGGCUUCCUCCCAGUCAGUGCAAUAUCCAGCAGUCUCUUUUCCUCCCCCGCAUCUCCUGCCUGUGUCCCCAACGCAGCAGUUCCCCAUGAGAGAAGAUGUGGCGACACAGUUCAGCCAGAUGAACCUGAGCAGGCAAUCCUCAGGAGAGACUCCGGAGCCCCCACCCGGCCCGGUCUACCCGCCCUCCCUCCUGCCCCAGCCAAGCCAGCAGCCCGGCUACGUCAUCGCCUCCGCCGGCCAGCAGCUGCCCGCCGGAGGGUUCUCGGGCUCUGGGCCUUCCAUCUCCCAACAAGUCCUCCAGGCCCCUCCCUCGCCACAGGGCUUUGUGCAACAGCCUCCACCUGCACAGAUGCCCAUUUAUUACUACCCAUCUGGUCAGUACCCUACCUCAACCACGCAGCAGUACCGGCCCAUGGCCUCCGUUCCGUACAGUGCUCAGAGGGGGCAGCAGAUGCCGCAGACAGCACAGCAAGCAGGUUACCAGCCGGUCUUGUCUGGUCAGCAGGGGUUCCAAGGCCUCAUGGGAGUGCAGCAGCCGCCCCAGAGUCAGGGUGUCAUGAACAACCAACCAGGAGCUCCGGUGCAAAGUGUGAUGGUCUCCUACCCAACGAUGUCUUCAUAUCAGGUGCCAAUGACCCAAGGUUCUCAAGGACUGCCCCAGCAGUCAUACCAACAACCAAUCAUGCUACCUAACCAGACAGGUCAAGGGUCACUCCCAGCCACCGGAAUGCCUGUUUACUGUAACGUCACGCCGCCGACCCCUCAGAACAACCUUCGGCUGAUGGGCCCCCACUGCCCCUCCAGCACCGUCCCCGUGAUGUCGGCCAGCUGCAGGACGAACUGUGCGAGUGUGAGUGACGCCGGCUGGCAGGUCAAGUUCUGAGCGCUCUGGCUGCGGUGGCUUUCUCCGGAUACUGCCCACGGCCUUUACGGGAAGAGGAGCAAGGUGGGAAAAACUGGCCGAGGACUUACGUAUUCACUCAACACUCAAAUGAUUGCUGCUGGUAUUCUGUAAAAACAAAAAAAACACAAUACAAACAAAGACUAAUACACACAUUAGCUGGUAAAUGGUGCAUAUUUCUGUCAUGUCUGCUAGGUAUGCCUUUGUAGCUUAGCUAGUGACAUGAAUUCAUCAAGGUAAGAUUUUCUCCUACCACUGAACACCACUGUGUAGACGAUCCUCUCCCUACUUUGGAUUAUUAGUUUUGUACUUUGUGUUGAGUUUGUGAUGCUAAAACUAUUUAAAAAUUAUAUACUGAACUCAUAUUGUACCAAAGCUGUCAUGGGGAAAAAAGCAAAGAAUUGAUGAAUGGAAGGAAUAAUUUAUAUACACUAUAGAGUUUUCUUUUUUUAAUGGAUAUCUACUGUAUUGUAGUGUUUAACCAAAAUAAAACUAUUUGACCUUGCGGAGGAAGGUCAUG